GCGGCUGGCCCCUGAAGCCCUGCCACAGGCGCGGGGCUCGCACCAUGGCUCCGUGCGGGAGCAGCUGGCUGGCCAAUGAGGGGAGCAAGCACCUCUGUCUGCUUUUCUGGCUCUCCCUGAAUGUCUGGCUCUUCUGGAAAACCUUCCUGCUGUAUUACCAUGGGCCACAGUACUACUAUUUACAUCAGAUGCUAGGUCUAGGAUUGUGUAUUAGCAGAGCUUCAGCAUCUGUCCUCAACCUGAACUGCAGCCUGGUCCUUUUACCGAUGUGCCGUAUUCUCCUGGCCUUCCUCCGAGGAUCUCAGAAGGUUGCCAGCAGGAAAACAAGAAGGCUGUUGGAUAAAAGUAAAACUUUCCAUGUAACAUGUGGUGUUACUAUAUGUGUCUUUUCGGUCUUACAUGUUGCCGCACACCUGGUGAAUGUUCUUAACUUCUCUGUGAACUAUACUGAAGAAUUUUUGGCACUAAAUGCAGCAAACUACCGCGGUGAGGACCCCAGGAGACUCCUUUUCACUACCGUUCCAGGACUGACUGGGGUCCUAAUGGUGUUAGUUUUAUUCCUAAUGUGCACAGCUUCUACAUAUGCUAUCAGGCUUUCGAACUACGAUAUCUUCUGGUACACACACAACCUUUUCUUUGUCUUCUACGUGCUGCUGCUGGUGCAUGUUUCCGGAGGAGUGCUUAAAUACCAGACUAACCUAGAGGAACACCCUCCUGGCUGCUUUCAUCCUAACACAACUCUCCAAGAGGAUAUUCCAGUGCCAGGGAUUUUUGAAGAGCCUUUUCCUGAAUACGCUUCUGAGCCUUUCCCAGCAGAACCAGAACCAUUUGUACAAAAUAACGUUGUGAGAAUUUGCACUGAGGAACCCAAGUUCCAGUCGCACUUCCCAGAGACUUGGCUUUGGAUUUCUGGACCUUUGUGCUUAUAUUGUGCAGAAAGGCUCUACCGCUAUAUUCGCAGUUAUAAACCAGUCACGGUAACUUCAGUGAUAAGCCAUCCCUCUAAUGUCCUUGAACUACGAAUGAGGAAAGAAAACUUUAAAGCAAGGCCUGGUCAGUACAUUAUUCUACACUGUCCAAGAGUGUCAGCAUUAGAAAGCCAUCCAUUUACUCUCACAAUGUGUCCGACAGAUACCAAAGCAACAUUUGGGGUCCAUCUUAAAAUAGUGGGAGACUGGACAGAAAGAUUUCGAGAUGUACUGCUUCUCCAUUCAAGUCAGGACACAGAGAUUCUACCCAACUUUCAGCAAAGGAAUUACCCCAAGCUAUACAUAGACGGUCCUUUUGGGAGUCCCUCUGAAGAAUCCUUGAAUUAUGAGGUUAGCCUCUGUGUGGCUGGAGGCAUUGGAGUAACUCCAUUCGCAUCAAUACUCAACACGCUGCUUGAUGACUGGCAAUGCUACAAGCUCAGAAGACUUUACUUUAUUUGGGUGUGCAGGGAAAUCCAGUCCUUUCGCUGGUUUGCAGAUUUGCUGUGUAUGCUGCAUAACAAGCUUUGGCAGGAAAACCGCCCAGACUACAUAAACAUCCAGCUGUACCUCAGUCAAACAGAUGGGAUACAGAAAAUAAUUGGUGAAAAAUAUCAGGUCCUGAACUCGAGGCUUUUGAUUGGACGACCUCGUUGGAAACUCCUUUUUGAUGAAAUAGCCAAGUGUAACAGACAGAAAACUGUUGGCGUUUUCUGUUGUGGACCAAAUGAAAUCUCCAAGGUACUCCACAAAUUGAGCAACAGCAGCAACUCCUAUGGGACAAGGUUCGAAUACAAUAAAGAAUCGUUCAGCUGAAAGUCUUGGGACUAACAGGACUCUAUGGAAGAAAGAAGUGCAAUUAUUUUUUGUAAGACUUAAGAGUCAGAGCUUUGUGCUAAGCAGAUACAAUGUACCAAAGAGUAGCAGGUUUUCUUAUUUAUGAUUAUUUAAAAUUCUGAAAUAAGGAGGACACAGCAAAGUACCAAGUCACAUCAAGUGUUUAUGCUCAAAGCCAAAAGGGCUCAGAGAAGAUUUGUUAUGAUGGUGGGGAUGAUUCAUUUAUCAGUGUGUAAAUUAAUUUAAAAAACGGAAACAAACGGUUGCUUGUAUGGCUGAUUCAAGAACAAUCCAUGGAACAUCUGAAAUGUCUCCACUUCAGCUUGCUAACCUCAGUCCUCUGAAAUUGGGAUUGGUUAAAUGAACACCAGAUUGAUCAGAAUUAAAAGUGCUCUGCAAGACCGACGGUGCUCUUUACUGGCACACAAAUGAAACGGCUUUGAAAUGGAGAAA